UCCAUUCAUAAGAGGUUUGACUGAGCAGCAGAAGAAUCAACACUUUUACAUGGAAGGAAGUGCACAGGAUCUCUCUGAUCCACAUUUUAAACAUGUGCAAACACUGACUCUUACCAGCAAUGAAAUGCAAUUCCCCUCAUUUCCUGCACAGACUGAGGUUAAGUCAUUGCUCUGACUCUGUUUCACAUCGCAUGUUACGGGCUGAAUUUUUUCCGUCCAACCUCAUCAGGAACCAGAGGAGCGUCGCACGACUCACAGGCUGCUGCUGCUCUGGCGCUGGAGUUUUCUUUGCAAGCAGUUUAGAGAUGCUCCAGGGGGCAGUGAGCAGGGCCGUGCUCUGCCUGUCCUGCUGCCUACUGUUGGGGGUCUGCCUCCCAGCAGAGGCUGCAGGACCAGCGGGUGCCCCUCCUAAUAUCCCCCCUGAAGAAGAGUCUGGGGAAUCAUACAUGGAGGACUUGGAGUGGGGCUCGGGAUCAUCUCUCCUGCAGCUGCUUCACAGCUUCCCCGCGGACAGCCCCUUCGUAACAGAGACCCCUGGGAAACCGGUGAACUGCAGCCAGCGCUUCUGGUUGCCACCGUCCUCUGCAGUGUGCUGGGAAAACGUAGCCGGACCUGAGGAGUUUGCCAGGUCCCGUCUGCAGCUUCUGCAGAACAGGGCCUCCCUGCAGGCAGUGUCCACCUCCAGCGGCGUGGAGGAGGGAGGGUUCUCCUAUGACCAUCAAGCCAAAGAGGAGGUGCAGGGGGUCUACUCAGACCACCUGAGUAUGGCAGAAACUAUGCAGACCAUGGAGAAGGUGUUUGUGUCACUGGAGGAGAAGAGGAAGGAGGGGAAGGAGCAGGGGGUCCUAACAAACAUGAGGGAGCAUCUGUCCAACACCAGAGACACCAUCGAUGUCAGAGAGCACAUGGCGAACCACCUGGAGCAGCAGUUCUCUACGUUAGAGAAGACUCUGAUCAACAUGCAGCUGCGACUCAGCAAACUAAUCCGACAGUGACGACUUCAGACUCUUUUUCUGCCUUCAUCUGAACUGAAUUUAUAAUUUCAUGUUUUGAACAACGAUGUAGCAAAUGCAUGCCCUCUCAGGAAUAUGUAUGUCUGUCGUAUGAUUACAAAACACACUUCAUAUGCACAUUAUGAUGUCACUUAUUAACAAAAGUCAAAAGUGGAACCUUUAACUGGACCUGGAAUUUGCUGGGGAUCAUCUGGGAGUUUUAAUGAAAUCCAGUUAUUAUAUCUUCAGUUUGUAAUCACGAUCCAUGAGAUUUCAUUGUCACAUUAAUGGGCUUUAAUAAAACCACAAGACACGAG